UUCCAAGCUGUCAGAGAAUAAGCCCCAAAUCUUGAUUUAUUAACUUGCACCUUGUUGUUGCCCCCUGCUGCGAGUUUUCAAAUUCUAUCAUGGGUCGUGGACGCCGAGAGAAGCAUCAAACACGCAGUCGCCAUCACAGAUCACGUUCGCGGUCGCACUCCAAGCAUCGGCCGACGCGCUCCAGUUCGAUAACGAGUCAAUCGGUUCCAAUGAAGCGUCGCAAGGAGCGCGCCAAUUCUUCAUGGGAUAUACCACCGCAGGGCUAUGAACAUCUCUCACCAGUCCAGUACAAGGCAAUGCAGGCGAGUGGCCAAAUCGCAUCCCGAAUCGUUCCUGAUGCCCCGCCCACUGGCGAGUCGGCAGCGAUUGCGACGGUGACGCGGCAGGCCCGUCGACUGUACGUCGGCAACAUUCCAUUCAGCACCACCGACGACGAUAUGAUGGCCUUCUUCAAUGAACAGAUCAAUCGCUUGAACGGCACCCAAGGAAUCGACGGCAAUGCUGUGCUCACCUGUCAAACGAAUCUGGACAAGAAUUUCGCGUUUCUCGAGUUCCGUUCGAUGGAUGAAGCCACGCAGGCUAUUUCCUUCGACGGCAUCAGCUAUCGUGGCCAGACGCUGAAGAUAAGACGCCCGCACGACUACCAUCCGGUGGCCUCGAUAAGCACUGCGGAGGUUGUGGAGAUCACAAAGGGAUCAAUCAUAAAUGUCCGGAAUACGCCAAUUUCGCCCGUGGUGCCCGAUUCGCCGCACAAAAUCUACAUUGGCGGCCUGCCCACCUGCCUGAACGAGGAGCAAGUCAAGGAACUGCUCGUUACCUUUGGCCACCUGCGCGGCUUCAAUCUGGUUAAGGACACCGUGACGGGGCAGAGCAAGGGCUUUGCAUUUUGCGAGUAUGUUGAUUCCUCCAUUACGGAACAGGCCAUAGCUGGCCUGAACGGCAUGCAGCUGGGCGAUCGCAAGCUCAUCGUGCAGCGUUCCAUUGCCGGUGUACGCAAUCUGGUGGCCAACCAGUUACCCGUGCUGCAGGUGCCCGGAUUUCCCAUGGAUGUCACCACGGGCAAGCCCACCGAAGUGCUGUGCCUGCUCAAUAUGGUGCUGCCCAGCGAGCUGUUGGACAAUGACGAGUACGAGGACAUUCGCACGGACAUCAAGCAGGAGUGCGCCAAGUACGGCAAGGUAAAAAGCUUAAAGAUUCCACGUCCCAGCGACGAGUUACCCCAAGGCGGCUGUGGAAAGGUUUUUGUGCGCUUCGAAUCCAUCGACGACUGUAAGAAGGCCUUGAACGCAUUGAGCGGGCGCAAGUUCAGCGGACGCAUUGUCAUGACAUCAUUCUACGAUCUAGACAAAUACAAACGCAAAGAUUUUCAAUAAUAAUCUCGGGAUUUC